CGCAUCAAAACUCUUUUAUCCUUCAAGUCGACCUUAUCUAUGGAUAACUUGUUGAAAGCCAUGGCGGAAAAUCUUAAAACACCCUCGAGAAACUUACAACGAACUGUUAACGGCACUGGAAAUUUUGCAAAUGAAAUCAAAGUCAUUUGAAGGUUAAACCGCGUUCGGGCCGGUAAAAAAGGUUGCCAUAUCGGUGAGAUUGUUUAUUUUUGCUUGCUGGGAUGGAAAAUAAAACAAAUAUCGCUUGGAAUGUUGUUUUUAUUGAAAAUUAAUUAAAAAUGUGUCAAAAUAAGGGUAAAAUCAACGAUAAACGUCAAAGUAUGUCAUAAAGGGUUCUACUAUACCGACUGAUUGUGAUAUUUGAACUACUACCAUAGACUAAUAAAAAAUAGAUAGAGGUAAAUAAAACAUUUUUUUAUAUCGUAUUUUCUGUAUUUUUAUGCGCUAUUUUCACAUGCUGUCUUACAUAACUCUUAUCAAUGAAGGUUUUAUUGCACUGGGUGCAACUAAAAGGGCGUUCUCCAGUAUGCGUGCGAAUGUGUUUUUCCAACUUAUUAUUUUCUGUGUAUGAUUUGGGACAAAUGUGACAGAUGAAUUUUGUCACUUUAACCUCACUUUCCGUGCCUAUAUUAUGGACUUUAAACAGAUGAGCUUGUAAGGAUUUUUGGUAUUUGUAGGUUUGAAGGCAUAUAUCACACUUGAAAGAGUUAAAAUUUGUGUGGGUUUCAAUGUGUCGGUUAAGAGAUGAUUUCGAAGUGAAUUUACGCUGGCAUAGAUGGCAUUCGAAGUUUCUCUCACCCGUGUGAGUUCGUAUGUGUGUUUGCAAAUUUAUUUUCAAAGGGAAUCUUUUAGUGCAGUAACUACAAACAUAUUUCCACAAACUUUUAUCUCCGUGCACACAAAUUUUGUGUUUAUAUAAGUCUGAAGAUGUAUUAAAAGCUUUGGGGCAAAUUUCACACUUAUAUGCUCUUUUAUUGGUGUGAAUUUUUUCGUGGUUACAAAGAUCAGCUGCUGUUAUAUAACCUUUACCACAAUAAGUGCAAAUAUGGGUUCUGUCUCCCGUAUGGUACCUAUAACAAUUAUUUUGUAAAAUACUUAUUAUAAAUAUUUUUACUGCUUACUUUUCAUGUGCUCUCAAAUAUUUUGACGAGGCAAAAACGCGUUCACAAAUUGUGCAUUUAAAGUUUUUUUCUGCUGCAUGCACAUUUUUUAUGUGUCUUUUCAAUAAAUAUUUAUCUUUACAACAGGUACCGCAUAUGCUACAAAGAAAUGUUUCAUUCUUCAAAACUUCUUUACCAUGUUCUUCGAUUUUUGCAAAUCUCUUUUUACAAGCAUCCUUAUGAUUUUUUAGGAAUAAAAAUGUGUUACCACAGUAUUCACACGUUUUUUUGGACUUUUUUGCUUUGUUUACACAAAUUUCUUCUUCUUUUGAACUUUCGUUAUCAAUAUAAUCUUCAUCAAGUGCAUUCUGUUUAUUAUUUUUUAACUCAAAAUUUUUUAUACACAAAUCUCUAAACUCAUUAAUCCUGUUUAUUUCCUCAAUACAUGCAAAACAAAAUAAAAAAUGUUUUAUCUCCUAUAAAACAACAAAUUAAUAUACUAUGUAAUUUUGUUUAUUCAUAUUACUAUAUCAGGGACAAUUUUAAUCAAUUUAUCGUAAACAUCCUUUUUUUCGUCAUUUAGACUCACUGCCGUUAAAUUUUCACAGUUUUUCAAUCAAAUAUCGCAAUUUGACAUUUUUAUAACCUACAAAACAGUGCCUUUAAGUUGGCAGAGGUGCUUUUUAGUGUUAUUUGGUUGGCAGCAUAGUGUUUGACUUAACCUAAAAAUAUUGUUGACUAUUUUUGACAUGUCGCAAAAAUUAACUGGAUAUGAUUCUCACAGUGAAGGCCCGGGAUUUGUGGGUAUAAGAUUUUGUCAGGAGUGUAAUAAUAUGUUGUAUCCAAAAGAAGACAAAGAGAACAAAAUAUUGCUGUACGCUUGUAGGAAUUGCGAUUAUAAGCAACACGCUGAUUCCAAAUGUAUUUACGUCAACAAAAUUAUGCACGAAAUUGAUGAGUUAACUCAUAUUGUUCCUGAUGUAAUUUCCGACCCAACUUUACCCAGAACUGAAAACCACCCUUGCCCUGAGUGCAACCACAGGGAGACGGUAUUUUUCCAAGCACAAACAAGAAGGGCAGAAGAAGAAAUGAGAUUGUAUUAUGUGUGCACAAAUCCAGAUUGUGCCCAUAGAUGGACAGAAUAAUAUAUGACUGCAUAUUUUUGCCUUAUUUUUAUGAUUUAAUGUAUUGGGUCUAUAA